AUCACUUCUUAUGGUAAUGGAAGAUAUUGAUCUAAUUAACCUCUUAAAUCGCAUCAGAGCAUUUAGUUGUUUCAUAUGUGAUGAUUGUGCGGCAUAAAUGCUCAUACUUCCUCUUGACUGCAAGUUUUCAGAAAACAAAAAUACUUUUGUCUGUUUUAUAUUCCCCCUUUUUACUUCAAUUUGCUCAUAUAUAUGGCUGUUAUUGCAGAUGGUUAUUGACUUCACUGCUUCUUGGUGUGGUCCUUGUCGAACCAUUGCUCCGUUCUUGGCAGAGUUGGCUAAGAAGCUACCUAAUGUUAUCUUCGUCAAGGUGGAUGUGGAUGAACUUAAUACAAUUGCUAGUGAUUGGGCCAUUGAAGCAAUGCCAACUUUCAUGUUUCUGAGGGAAGGGAAGAUUCUGGGUAAGGUUGUGGGAGCAAAUAAAGAUGAGUUGCAGAACACAAUUGCCAAGCAUAUGAAUACAACAACAUCAGCAUCAACUUCCUAGUCCGAGUUUCCUAGCUUUAGUUUUAUAUGGUCUUUAACUUGCGAACCGGCUGACUCGAAGUGAGUUAGAAUUUGCUUUAGUUAUCUUCUCAUCAUACUGUGAUCUGAGUUUUUGUUUGAAACUGCAUAACUAUGGAAUUCAAAUGCCAUUCUUGCAA